UCACCUCUACCCUUGUUCAAUUUUCAUCAGCUAUCCUUGCCUCUCUCUCUCUCUCUCUCUCUCUCUCUCUCUCUCUCUCUCUCUCUCUCUACUAUAGCAUAAGAGGGAUCAACAUAGGUUCGAAAUGAUCCAAAGAUUGGAAACGGUAGGGUCUAAGGUUCAAGAGAAAACGUGGGAUGAUGGAUCCGAGCAUGAUGAUGUUACAGCUAUAUAUGUCUCAUUUACUGAUGACAGGGUAAGAGAUUUUUGUGUCGACUAUAUCACUGAUGGACAGUCGGAAAAUGGAUUAUACAAGACUCCCUUGUCACCAAAUUUCACCAUGACGUUUAAUAUCAACCAUCGGGAAAAUGAAUAUCUCCAAUCUUUUGAGGGUUACUUUGACGGUGGUACAAUCCGUGCUCUUCAGUUCAAAACUAAUUUGAAGGUAUCUCAAAUGAUGGGAUAUAUCUAUGGAACUAAGUUUUCACUAGCAGUCGAUGGAAAGAAGAUUAUUGGAUUUCACGGAUCUUUUUCCAACUACUAUCCAUCACUGGAAUCACUUGGAGCAUAUUUCACUGGGAUUGCACCUACUAGAAUGGAGGCGAGAGGGGGAAAGGGAGGCACAAAGUGGGAUGAUGGAUCCCCUGACCAUGAGGGUGUUACAAAGAUUGAGAUACGAAGUGGCGUCGAAGGCAUACAAUACAUUAAGUUUGAGUAUGUCAUAAAUGGAAAGACAAAACAUGGGCCAAUCCGUGGUCGCUCGGGUAAAGGCAUCCCACUACCGUUGUUUGAAAUUAACCAUUUCAAGAAUGAAUAUCUAGUCUCAGUUGACGGUUACUAUAAUGAGGGGUCAGGGAUCAUUCAAGGACUUCAAUUCAAGACGAACAUUAAUACUUCUGAAAUGAUGGGAUUUGAAAUAGGUAAAAGGUUUUCAAUUGCAUCCCCUGGUAAGAAGAUCACUGGGUUUCAUGGAUAUGCCGGGAAGAAUUUAAAUUCUCUUGGAGCAUAUUUCCAAACACUUCCUAUUACUAAACUAGAAGUACAAGGAAAUGGUUCAAAUUUUAAUUGGGAUGAUGGUGCUUACGAUGGCGUAAGAAAGGUUUACGUUUAUCAUGAUAGCAAUUAUGUAAAUUCUAUUGCCUUCGAUUACGAAAACAGCGGAAGAGUGGUAACGCGUAAGCACGGGACAAAUAAUGGAAAAGUUAAUCAAGAAAAAGAGUUUGUGGUCAACUUUCCAAAUGAAUAUAUCACAUCGGUGGGAGGGACUUUUGUAGAUCGAGGAGGGAUUACAUCGCUGACAUUCAAAACAUCCAAAGGGAGAAUUUCUCCAACAUAUGGAACCCUCUCGAAUGGAAGUCAUACCAAACUCGUGCUUGAGAACAACGGUUGCGCUCUUGUUGGCUUUUAUGGAUCAUCUUAUGGUUUAAUUAAUAGUCUUGGAGCAUAUUUUUCUCCGACACCUCCACCUCCCGCUGGAGAGAAACUAGAAGCACUAGGUGGCAGUACUGGUGGUGAUGGAGGUGCUUCAUGGGACGAUGGGAGUAAUUUUGAUGGUGUUAGAAAGAUAUAUAUAGGAAAAGGCGAGGUUUCUAUUGCAUUCGUCAAGUUUAUGUAUAACAAGGACACCGCGGUGGUGAUUGGAGCUGAUCAUGGUAGCAACACACUACAUGGAGUUGAAGAGUUUGAGCUGGACUAUCCAAGUGAAUACAUCACAACAGUGGAGGGAAAUUAUGAUAUAGUACAUGGAAGUGAUGACCUUAAUGUUAUACUGAUGCUUAGGUUCAAGACUAACAAACGAACCUCUCCAGCUUUUGGAUUCGGUAAAAUAUCAAGCUUUGUCCACCAUAAAAAAGGCUACAAGAUCGUUGGAUUCCAUGGAAUAUCCGGUAACAUGCUUCAACAAAUUGGGGUCCAUGUCCUACCCAUUACCGAUGAAGCAUCUACAUCAAAUUGAGCUCGAUCUAAACAUUCUCCACCAAAUUUCAUAUAUCUUUAAUAAUCUCCUUAUCUUGUACUCAAAUACUUUUGUCUCAAAUUGAGCUUGAUCGGUUUGUAUUAUGUUGUUUGAUCCUGUCUUUCUUAAUCUCAUUUGAAGACAAGGUUUAAAAAAUACAACUACGCUCCAAUUUAUUUUUCACAAUAACAAUAUUGAACCUACACAUACUUUGGAGUAGGGAGUAUU